CUUUCGGAUUACAAUACAAGCCAACUUUAUAGCUAUCAAGGGCCGCACUUCUCUGUCCCUGUGGCCUUUGAUGUAACCAACAGCAGCAUAUAACUAGCAAGGCAGUGUGCCCCAUGCCAGAAGCCCUCUGGUGGCAAGUUUCAACAUUGCCUUCUCAGCAUCUCGGCACGCACGCAUCACACACUUGACCUCGAAUCAUCACGGUAAAUCAAACAUCACCAAAAGCAAUCUUCCGUCAAAACAGACACCAUGACGGAAGCUAUGAAGCAUGUACACCCGCCACCCAAUCGACCUUUUCGUCGAGGUCGGGAAACUGAAGACGGAGACUAUGAGCAUACCGUUCAGAAGAUGCUUGAUCAAGACUUUGACGACUGGCCCAACGAGGCAGGAUUCGAGGGUCUGACUGAGGUCAGGGGGCCAGUCGGGCUGCCGGUGAAAGGGAAGAUCCCAUCUUGGGCGGCUGGAACUCUGUAUCGAACAGGCCCUGGUGACUUUCAAGUUAAUGACACCCCAAAGGGCACCUACCGCACCACCCACUGGUUUGACGGAUUCGGCCAAUCCCACAAAUUCGACAUCAUCCCUGAAGAUACCAACCCGGACACUCCCGUCAAGGUAGAGUACUCGUCGCGGAGACAAACGCAAGACCUGAUCGACCAGAUUCGGCAGGAAGGUGGGCGUUCGGGGUUCAGUUUUGGCCAACGCAGCGACCCUUGCAUUGGAUUGUUCGGCAAGACCAUGAGCGUCUGGCGCAUGUUAGCUUCAAAGCGCAGUCCGAACACAGAUAAUGUCUCUGUUACGGUGCAAGCGAACAUGCCCGGCUUCCGGUCUCAAGCCACGCAGGCAUCCCAAUCAGGCCAUCGCGCAGGCGUCAAGAGUAUGUGGUUGACGACGGAUACCAACACCGUCAAAGAAAUGGAUCAGAACACCCUAGAGCCCAUAGGUCUUGCGACACAGGAUAGACUACAUCCACUGCUGAGAGGACCUCUGAGCUGUGCUCAUGCUCAACGAGAUCCUGAAACCGGCGAUAUGUUUAAUUACAAUCUAGAGAUGGGCGCCUCCUGUGUCUAUCGAAUCUUCCGCGCCAACGCAGCCACUGGAACCACGGAUAUUCUAGCCACUGUUAGCGAAGCCGGGGUGAAACCCGCCUACAUCCACUCUUUUUUCCUCUCGCCGUCCUUUGUCAUCCUGUGCGUGCCCUCCACGCACCUCAGGGGGAAUGGUCUGCAAGUCAUCUGGCAUCGCAACAUCAUCGACGCCAUCGAGCCGUUUGACGAGAAUCGAGUCUGCAAGUGGCUCGUCAUUGAUCGAAAGGGAGACCUGGGGGUAGUCGCCACGUUCGAAAGUCCAGCAGGCUUCUUCUUCCACAGCAUCAACUCAUUUGAGGAGAGAGAUACCGUCACGGGGGACACCGUCGUCUACUGCGACGCCAUCGAAUACCCCACCACAGACGUCAUCCGAGCCUUCGAGAUGGAUGUCUUACUCCGGAACGAGGGCAUGACGCAGAAUUUCUGGGGCGACGAGACCCGGAAUCGGAAUUCGCUCGCCAGACUUGUGAGACACAAACUGGUCGUGCCCAACUCAUCGGUUUCUGGAACAAGCGCUGCUUCUGUAUCCCGCCGUUCGACAAUCCCGAUGACGCUAGACAAAACCCUCGAGAUCAAAGCCCCCCACGCAGGCGAAUUGCCCACUAUCAACCCGGAAUACGCCACCAAGAAGUACCGGUACGUCUACAGCCUGCCGAACCGCGGCUUCAGCACCCUGCUCGACAGCAUUGCGAAAACGGACCUUGAGACGUGCGAGACGGUGUUCUGGGACAACCCCAAAGGCCACACGCCUGGUGAAGCUAUUUUUGUUCCCCGGCCGAGAUCCAAGGAUGAUGGAGAAGAAGGGGAGUUGGCAGAGGAUGACGGGGUGCUACUAAGCGUUAUUCUGGACGGGUUUGGCAAAACGAGUUAUCUGCUUUGCUUGGAUGCUAAGACGAUGAAGGAGUUGGGGCGCGCCGAGUGCGGGUGGGCUGUUGCUCAUGGGUUUCAUGGGUUGCAUACUCCGGCGGCGUAGCGGAGGCAUGUGAGGGAAAGGAUGAAGGGGCGUGAGAUGUGGGCUUAGUCAUCAUACGAGUCCACAUCCCGAAGAAUGGGAGUAGCCGGCUUGCACACUGUCUAAACAGGCGGAUACCUUCUGAACCAGCUGCGUGGUCCAUGCGGGCAGAUAAAUCUUGAGUAAUUUGGUGGCUUAUAAUAUUUCCUCGGUGAUCAUCUCCAUAAAGUAUUGAACCAUUUCCCUG